AUGCGGACUCCAGGCGGUGCGUCGUCUGCGUCUGCGUCUGCAUCUGCUGGACCGACAACGGGGGUUGGUAUACCUCUUGGAUCCAAUACUUCGACUCUUACGAAUGAUGUACCCGCGUCGAUUGGUCUCUUGACCCCCGCACCCACUUCAACGUCGUCGUCGCAUGUUGGAGCCCCUGGUCCUUUGGGCGCGGGCGGUGUUUUGAAUCCUGUACCAUCACCUUAUGCAUCGCUGCUCACACCCGCACCAUCGGGGUACAACUCGAAGUUUAUUCCAUCACAUCUAUCGACGGAGCCAGUGAUACUCGAUCCACACGACCCGUUUCGCUAUCCGCGCGAGCACGUUUUGAACAUUUGGCGAGCGGGGAUUGUGGCGAAUGGAGGUCCCGGGUGGCGAUUACCGCUCGAGGUGGAAAAACAUGAAGGUGUCGUCUUGGACGAGGAGCGGGUGCCCAUAUGUUCAAGAGAAAUGACCGAUGCCGAGGCAAAAUUGUACAAUGGUGCAUCGCUCAACUCGCGUCGACCAUCCAUGUCCCAUGCGAAUUCACAUGCGAGCGGACGAGGGUCGUAUUCGGAGAGAGAUGGCGAGUUGGGGAUCGGUGGGCGGAGAGGCAUGAGUGGUGAUGGACUUUCGAUGAAUCUUUCUGGAGCCGGGCUGAGAGGCGGGGCAUUGGGGGGCCCCGCAAGUCCGUUACGCGAGCGGUUUUCUCGAAGAGAUUCUGGCGGAACGACGCAGCCAUAUCGACCUAGGCAGUUGGCCUCGACUGCGUCUCCACUCGACGGGACGCCGCCGCUCGUCUCGCCACGGACGGCUUCGUCUGGAUUUGGCUUUGGUGGUGGGCCAGGCUUUGAGGGCGUGUUGAGUGCGGGCGAAGGGUGGGGUGGGAGGAAACGAGGCGCGCUGAGCGCGGCUGGCAGGGGGCUUUCCUAUCUCAAGGAAAUACAAGAAAAGGGGACCGCAGGCAAAGACGAUGUCGAAGCAGCGACGCAGGAUGCGGAUGCACCUCUUGAACCCCACUCAGAGUCGCCUGAAGCUCAACAUGCAAAUGGGGCGAAUGCGAACGAUGGGACGAGGAAGAGCUCUGAUGGAGAGGAACCGGCUUUUGAAAAUUGGGAAGAUGAUCCGGAUAUUGUCGACAAUGCGACUACUGCUGCGGCGACGAACGGACAUGGCACGGUGGCAGAACCCACAAAUCCUGUUCAAGAGCCGCCAAAGCCCCCACCGAAUCCUGCAGAUGUCAAGUGGUUGUAUCUGGACGAUCAGCAGGUCACUCAGGGUCCUUUCACCCCUCAAGAUCUCACUCAGUGGCUUGCUAGUGGAUGGUUGCGACCCGACUUGCGGAUGACGAGGCCCGAUCACGAUGCAGAGUACCUGACGCUGAUCGAAUGGAAGACGAAGAUGUUUGGUCAAGGCAUCACCGACGAAUCCAUGGUCUUCUUUACCUGGUACGAACCCGUUCGCAAGUCGCCAAAGGUUGUGGAUCCACCUCUUCCCCCACCUCCUGGUCUUGCAAUGCCGCAACCAAACGCGUUUGCUCAGAACAUUGCGUCAAUACAGCAGCAGUCAAUGUAUCCGCCCUAUCCAAAUGGUCAUGGAGGCGGUGCACCAUCCGAAACGGAGACGAGCAAAUCAGAGACGCCGUCCGUCUUUGACCUGUUGCGCAAAGGAGACACCAAGGGAUCCCAAACACCCUCUUCUGUCUUUGGUGGAUCAGGAGAAGGCGUCUUUUCGCAUUCGCCCGUCGGUUCGAAUCGCCUGCCGAUGAGAACGCCCAUGCUGGAUCCUGCGGUGGGAAUGAACAGUCCAGCAACCGGUCGAGCGAUCCCCCACAGUGGUAGCUUUGAUGCAGCAAAUGGACUCGUUGGCGAUGUCACGGGUCUUCGGAUGCCGUUUAGUGCUGCGGCGCUCAAUCAACCACUCGGGGGAGCUUCCUCUUUUGGCCAACCGGUGGCGAAUGGAAUGGUGUAUAAUCCUUACAUCGGCGGUCCACAUCGAGCGACAAAUGCGUAUUAUCCACAGGAUGCUGCGAGGGUCGGCACCUCGUCCUUUGGGGGUACUCCAGCAUCGCAUAGUCUUCACAAUGACCUGAACCCACUGGGUGUUGCAGGUCUCUAUUCACAAUCUAUUCUUGGACGUGGCUCGCAAGACCUUCAUAGCUCGCCGAGCGCUCAGUGGCAGAGGACGCAUGCUGGCCAACCUUAUGGAUUUGGUGUGGGUGAUCAGACCAAUUCUACAACGUCGAGUCUGUCAAACAUGCAGCGCGCAACGUUUGGUGGACGUCGAUCGCCCUCACCGUCUAACCAAGCAAGUGUCUCGAGCGCUCUCGGCGGAGAGGUCUACGAGGGAGCAAUUGGGGCUCAACCCAGGAAUUUGGUGAGAAAGAUGGGCAGUGUAUCCGCGAUUGGAACGGAGGCUGGAGCAACGGACUCGCCCGCGUCAAAGCAUGCAGAAACCCUCUACAAGUCUCCGAUGCAGCCCGUUGUUUCAUCGUCUGGAACGCAGGCAGAAGGUGAAGCUACGCCAGCGGACACCAUCGGCAUGACCUAUGAUGCGCACUUGAAGCAAAUAAGCGCUGAGCUCGCGGGCAAGUCUCAGCCAGCUAUAGAAAAAGAAAAGGUUGUCGAAUCGCCGAGUGUGACCCAACCAGCGGUCCAAGAAGAAUCGAAACAGAAAGAGGAUGAGCCGUCCAAUGAAAAGGCUGUUGCGGCAAAGCCAAAGGCAUCUCCUGUGGUUUCGCUUGCCCAGCUGGUCAUCGGAUCAUCUCCAGCAUCCCAACCUGUUAAAGAGCAAAACGAGCAACCGUUUAUUCAGGUCAAGAAGCGGGCGUCUGCUGCGCAGGUUGCCGCUUCAAGUCUUCCAACGCCAACUUCACCAUCGACGACUGCACCUGUGGCUAGUCCUACCGCGCCUGCUGCCCCAGCGAAGAUGACCGUACCGCUGGCAUCUCUCGUGACGAACCCAUCUCCUGCGGCUUCGACUCCACCAGCGCCAGCACCAGCUCCGCGUGCUUGGGCUACCGUCGUCAACAAGGAUGAACCAAAAACACUCAAGGAGAUUCAAGAGGCGGAAGCCAAAAAGGCAAAGGAGGCCCAAAAGGUCAGACCAUCGGCGCCACCUGUUGUAACGACCAGUUCGUCUUCUAGCAAGGAUGGAGAUCUUGGAACUCUUUCAUGGGGGCUCCCGACGUCUAUGGCUGGAGCGAGAAAUGCCACCACGCCCAAGGAAGCUCAUUCUCCCAGCACAAACAAUCCUCCCCCUGCUGUAUGGGCCAACGCUGCCAAGGCUGGUGCUGCUGGAGGGAAAAAGGCAAUGACGAUGAAGGAUAUUCAGGAGGAAGAGGAACGAAGGAAGAAGAAGGAGCGUGAAGCAGUAACGACGGCUAAGCGGGUCAGCGAAAAGCCUCCGCCACCUGCCAAUGCUCCUGCCGUCGGAGGUCCAUGGGCGACGGUUGGUCCCGGUGGACGAGCGACCCGACCCAACACGGCGAGCUCUACGACGCAACCUGUCGCCACUGGUAUUGCAGGUCUCCCGCCACGACCCUCGGCUGCUGCUAUUGCGAGCUCCGGGAUGCGUGCGCCUCAUGUAACCUCUGCUGUUGCGUCGAUGGGAGCUACACCUGCUGCUGGACCAGCACCCAGGCGUCCUGCUUCUGCUUCCACCACGAGCUCUGCUGUCACAAAGCCUGCUGUCGCUCCGUCACCUAUCGAUGAUGCCGUGCAUUCGAUCAGCGCGGAGACGCUCAAAUGGAUGAGGGAUACGUUAAAGGGAAAGCUUCAGAAUGGCAUUACUGUGGAUGAGGUUGUUGGUCUUGUGCUCAAUAUGCAAGAAGAGGACGAUAUCGCCGACACUAUUUGGCAAUCGAGCACCGUUUUGCCCGGCAAGCACUUUGCAUCCGAGUUUAUCGAGCGUCGCAACGCCGACAGGAUGGGCGGCGCCACGAGCAGCUCUCGCGGCGCUCCCCGUGGAGGGAAUGUCAGCAGCGGGACCGAAUCGUCCAGGCUUCAGCCGGGUGCAUCGCAGGACACGCUCGGCUACAAGGUCGUGAAGAAGAAGGGCAAGAGUGGAAAGGCGUAA